AACAAAUUCCUGGUGAAGCAGCUGAGAUCCAUGUGACUUUUUAAAGAUGGCGUUUAUUAAAGAGGAGAGCGAAGACUUCAGGAUUGAAGAAGUGUUCAGUCUCAAACGGGAAUGUACCGAGACACGAAUAGACUUGUUGGCGCCGAAAGAGCAGAAUGAAGAUGUGAAUGAAAACGACUGUUUCACAACCGAAGGGAAAUCUUUUAGUUCGCAGCCCGAGGAGGCUUCCACGCAAAAAAGCGAUCCGAAAGCGCACUUAAUUUGCCAGCAGUGUGGAAAGAGCUUUGCACGGAAGAGCAGUCUCAAGAUCCACUCGAGAAUUCACACCGGAGAGACGGCGUUGGCGUGCGGUCGGUGUUUAAAACGUUUUGCACAAGAAGAAACCUUUUACACUCACAUGAGUCUCCACGCCGGAGGAAGCCCUCACGUCUGCGAACUCUGCGGAAUAACCUUGAAACGAAAAGGAAAUCUUAAGAGUCACAUGAGAAGUCACACUGGAGAGAAACCGUUCGCGUGCGAUCAGUGUAAAAAACGGUUCACGCGUAAAGGAAGCCUCAGUAAGCACGCCAGGAUUCAUUUAAGAGAGAGCCGUUUCGUGUGUCAUCUGUGUGCAGUGGGUUUCGAAGACAUGAAACGACUUAAAAGGCACCUGGUAACUCACAUCGGACGGAAGCCUUUUCUGUGUCACCGGUGCGGAAAGGCCUUCACGCACGAAGGAAACCUUAAGAGUCACGUAAGAAUUCACACCGGAGAGAAGCCUUUCAGCUGCCCACAGUGCGGAGUCGGUUUCACUGAAAAAAGAAGCCUCACGGACCACGUGAGAAUCCACACCGGAGAGAAACCUUUCACCUGCCAAGAGUGCGGAAAGAGUUUCACUCGGAAAGGAAGCCUCAAGGUCCACAUGAGAAUCCACAACAGCGAGAAACCUUUCUCCUGCUCGCUGUGCGAGAAGAGGUUCAGACAUAAAAGAACGCUUAACAUCCACGCCAGAGUCCACACCGGAGAAAGACCUUUCCCGUGUCUCCAGUGCGAAAAGAGAUACGCGAAACGCGUCGAUCUGAAAAGGCACGCACGGUCUCAUUCUGACAAGAAGCUGGCCGGAUGCGCAGAGUGCGGGAAGACGUUUAAAAAAAGAGGCAGCUUCGAGAAGCACGUGUGCCUUCACUCUGGAGAGGUUAGGGUACCUUUGGGUCCUUGAACCACGUAAACAGCGGAGUCUACGAAGAAAAAAGUGUUAGUUCGUUCAAAUAUGAAAAUUAGCCUGCUUUACUCGACUCUAAAGCAGAUUCCGUUAUUCCGUAUCCUAAAACUGUGGUUUGUAUAGUCUCUAAAUUCACUGAAAUAUAAUGUCCUCAUAUGAGGACACGGGGUCUUGGGAGGUUAAGAGCAAGUCAGUUCAGAUACAAGUCAUAUUCAAGAACGUUUAUUUGUUGGAUGUUUAUGACGU